AUGUCGCGGAUCUUAAAACAAGAGACUGUGUGUCGCGGUAUCCAGGGCUCACUUAGUUGCUUGCGACCGUGGUGUAUGGAGCAAGACCUAGCAAAUACAGGCGACUUUAAGUCACGUGUAGAAGAUACAGGCCCGUGUAAAAUCGAGGGUGAGUGA